UUUUUUUUUACUUUAUUAACAUUAUUUUUUUUUAUAUAUAUCAUGAGCACAGUCAGUAGUUCCAUCAAAACAUGGGAAGCAGUGGAUGAUUACUUCACGAAUUUAUAUAUUGAUCAUGAUCCGGUACUGCAAUCAGCGAUCGAAACCAGUGAAAAAGAAGGAUUACCAGGCCACAAUGUGACAGCGACACAAGGCAAGUUUCUACAAAUGUUAUGCACACUCCGUGGGGCUGAACGCGUGCUUGAAAUUGGUACGUUGGGAGGCUACAGUGCGAUUUGGAUGGCACGCGCACUUCCCAAGGGUGGCAAGCUGGUGACAUUGGAAGCCAAUCCUGACUAUGCACGUAUUGCUCAACAGAAUGUGGAUCGUGCCCAAUUGACACAGGUGGUGGAAAUCAAGGUCGGUAAAGCACUCGAUACCUUACCACAACUCGAGGGUCCUCCUUUUGAUCUUGUUUUCAUCGAUGCUGAUAAGGGAAAUAAUCCUCAUUACUACGAGUGGGCUCUCAAGUUGGCCAAGCCAGGUACCAUCAUCAUUGUCGAUAAUAUCGUACGGUAUGGUCGUGUGUUGGACAAUGCCAGUCCAGAUCAAAGUGUCCAAGGUAUUCGUCGUUUUAAUGAGAUCGUUGCUAACGAUCCUCGUGUCCAUGCUACUGCUCUUCAAACCGUGGGGGCCAAGGGAUAUGAUGGUUUUGCCAUGUUAUUAGUUAAAUAGUUUUUUUUUUUUUUCCUAUAUUCGAAAAGGAAUCAUCAUCAAACUGAAUUCAUGAUAAAAUAGUUCUUUCAUCAUUGUUCAAAUAAAUAAAUAAAAAAAGUCAUCCUUGUUGUAUUUUUUUUUUUCAAA